CCCUCGGGCCCGCCUCUUUUUUCCCGAAGGCGUCACGGGACUCCGCCCGGCCGCCCGCUGCUUUCCCUCCCCUGAUUCCCGCGCGAAGUGACGAGAUCGGCGACGGCAAGGAGGAUGAUUCACUAAGCCAGAGGAGGUGGGGGCGAGGGGGCAGCGGAGAAGGACGGGCUCUCGCGCGUCUGCCGCGCGGUGCAUGUCGGGAGACGGAGCAGCGCUCUCUGCGGCCAGGCAGGAGGAGUCAAGAUGGACGCGGGAUUCUUCCGCGUAAGUGCUGAGGCCGGGGUGAAAAGCAACGGCGGCGGGAGGGACGGGGAAGAGGCGGCGGCUGGAGGGAGGGCGGCGUAGGGGGUCGCCCGUGCCCUCCGUCCCCGGACCCCCGCCUGACGCGAGCCAGGCCGGCCCUUUCUCUUCCCCUCCCCGUGUGUGGAGCCGAGGCGGAGAAAAUGGCGGCGGCGCGCGGCUCCUUUCCAGCGCGAGGCAGAAACGCGAAGGUGGGGGGCGAACGGAGGGGGGAUUCUUCCUCCUCACGCGCUGGCCCCCCUUUUUUGUCCAUUCUGUCUGCCUCUUUAUUCCUCCUCAUCCGCCCCCGAAGCCGUCGUUCUUCUCGUGGGUUUUCCUUUUUGUCUCCGCUGCCUCGAAGCCGUCGCCCGCCCACAGGAAGGAGGAAGCGAAGGGCCCCGAGGCGCCUGGGCCUCCCCGUACCUUUUAAAUUAACUCAUCCCACAUGCACCCUAAACCUGCACCCUUAGGUUUAGUUCUCGGUGGUGUUAAUAAUCGUCCCUUCCUCUAUUAAUAGCUUUGAGGACGAAUCGUCCCUUUCAUUCUGAUACACACGGUUGGUCAAUACGUUUCUGAAGCCUCAAUAUCCAGCCUGUUCCCUCGUUUACCUCCCUCAUCUCCUUCCUCCCCGCCCAAAGCCCACCCUGCUUUUGUUCGGUCGAUUUUGGAGGGCUUUUUAUGCACUUUUUAUUUUUGUGGACUUGAUAGAACUUGUUUUGUUAGACUCAUAAAUAGGAAGAGUUAAGAUAGAUAUGGAAACCAUUGCAUACAUUUAAGUACAGGAUACGAAUGUGUACAUUUUUUGCUCUGGACUAGCGGUGCAGAACAAGCGGCUUUCCAGAUGUUGCUGGAUUCCAGCUCCCACCGUUUUUGGCUAUUGACCAUGCUGGCAGAGGUUGAUGGGAGUUACAGUCUGAUAACAUUUAUAGGGCCACAAGUUCCUCAUCCCCGCUCUCGAAAUACAGUACAUAAAAAAAAUGUCCAGUAGCACCUUAGAGACCAAGUUUGUUCUUGGUAUAAGCUUUCGUGUACAUUCUUCAGAUCUGAAGAAGUGUGCAUGCACACGAAAGCUUAUAUCAAGAACAAACUUAGUUGGUCUCUAAGGUGCUACUGGACAAUUUUUUAAUAAAUUUUGACUGCGUCAGACCAACACGGCUACCUACUUGAAUCUAAAUCCCUGCUCUGUAGUCUCUGCUAAUUCUUCUAGGAGUAGAUGCUUCUUGUACACACAUGUACAUCUGCAUACCUAAUUUUCACAAGCUUAUUGAAAUACCGUGCAUCUAAAUGAGGAUGGUGGAAAUAGGGCCAAAAAUUAUGUGAAGUGAAAGGGAUAUCUGUGAAUGUCCUGUGCAGAACUCAGUUAAGAGACACAAGCACGGUACUUUGGUAGUAACAAAACACUACUUUAACAUAUUUAGUCUGAGGAAAUCCCUAAUCUUGAUUCGGGACCAAAAUGCAAGUCCAUUUCUUAAAAUCCAAGUGAUAAUUCCACUAUGCAGCAGCAGAUGAGUUCCUUUUCUGUUAUUCCUGUGUUGCAAGAGAACAGACAAAACACAAGUAUACAAAUGUGUGGGGUAAACUUUUUUGCUUUAGUUUGUCUUUUUGGUGAGCAGUGGAAGGUUUGUGUAAUAAGCACCCAAAUCAGUUGUUUUCAGAUUUGUGGAGAGUCUUCCAAUAUCAGGUUGAUUGCAGUAGAGCCUUUGAAUGUGAAACCACUUCCAUGCAGUUGAAUUUCAGGAACAUAUCAGUAGUGACUCAUCUUAUUAUAGAAAAAUUCCAAUCACCUGAAGGCUCACUACCCUGAAAUCUGAUAUGAUGAAAAGCAGUAUAUAAACAUUUCCAAAAAAUGAAGAAAUUUUAUAAAAGUCCCCAGAAACUUUUGAAAACAUUAGCCUUAGGGUAUAACAGCAGUCCUGUUACAUAAUGUUAGGUGACCAACCUGUAGUAAAGGCAGCAUGAGUUUGUGGACAAACUGCACUGAUGCCUGCUCCCUAGCUUGGUAAACUAGAGUAAAAAAUGACCCUAAGGUACUGUUGUAUACAUUCUACAGUACAUUAUAGAGGCUCUGAUACUACAUCAUCAUAAUGAUUAUUUUAUUUAUAUCUUGCCUUUAUUUCACAGAGUUCAAGGUGGCAUGUGUUGCUCUGUUCAUUUAUCCUGACAACAACCCUGUGAGCUCAGCUUAGGCUGAGAGAUGUCAGCCAGUGAAUUUUAUGGCUGAGUUGGAAUUUUUCCCCAGAUUCCCAGUCCCUAGGCCGACACUAUUCACUGACUUUCUUUGGACUUUGUGAUAUUCUUACACGGCCCUUAGAUGGUGUUGGGGGAGGGAAUCUUGGUCUCUACUAGUAAAAUUUUUUGUUCUACUUUUUGAGGUGUUAAAGGCAUUCUGGUGCUAGGUUUGAGGAGUCAGUCAGUUGUCUGAUCAAAUAUUGUCAUACUGACCAGAUACUUGACCACUGAUUCUUUGGCCAUAAUCAAAUACAGUAUUACAUAACAGUGUUCUUGUUGUGUAAGUGGCAGUCGGUCUUUUAAUGCAUCAUGGGGUCAUUUGAUAGUGGUUACUUUCAAGUUCUACAGGAGUCACAUAUGCAUGGACCUUGUUGCCAGGUAACUAUUGCCCUGCAGCUGCAUCCAGUCUUUUCCCUCACAAAUAAGUCAUAAAAUAUAGCCUCUCCUAUGAAAUAGAUAAAUAAAUAUAUUUACACAGUAUCUGGACUAGUGAGAGAGUAUUUCAUUCAUAAAAUAAAGGAAUUGUGAAUAUGCUUGGGAACAUUUCAUCCUGGGCUUUUUAGAAUACUUUUUCCUUUGAAAAGAAACUCCACACAUAGAGUUCCAGACUUUUGGUUAACAAAAAGUGGAAAUCAUAUCACAAGGAAUCAGGAAAAUAGCUCUUGCUUUCUAAAGAAAGCAUGAUAGUGGUAGAAACUUAGGAACACUUAGGGCUGGGGUGCCCAUUAAGUUCUAAAAAAUAACUUAUGUGAACAGUACAGCUUGUAUCUGUAAAGUCUUUGAGCAGGCACAAAAUUCCUUUUUAAAUGGAAAACACAUUCCAAAAAGUCCCAGAAGGUGACAUGUUUUUGAGCACAUUUUGUGAAUGAAAAGCUUCCUCACCAAUCCAGCUACUGUAAGCUUUUCCUAUCAUGUUUCAUUAAGAUUAAAUAUUUUGUUUGAUAUAGAGCUUCCUUAAAAUUUUGGGAACCAUAUCUACUUGGUGUUGUGCCCAGUAUCUUUUUUUAUCCUUGGAUUUUUCUCCUGCUGUAAUUGAUAUUCUGAUUGGACAGGAUGUUAUGACCUGUUGUGUUUGGCAAUUCAAGCAAGCCCAGAAUGUUAAAAGGAAGGUCGAAGCACUCUUUUGAUGAUGGCUACACCUCCUAGCAUUGCACAAAAUAUUUGCAUGGUACCUAGAUGGUCACUGGUGAACGAUUAAUCCUUAUGUCCUAGUCUGAGAUACGUUUUGCUAAUCAUAGAGCAACAUACCAGAGCACCUGGUAAUAGUAGUGGCUCUGUUCCAAGAGAGGGAAUAAUAAGCAGCCAGCUUUUAUGUUAUCUAACCACAUUGUAAUAAAACAUCUACUCUCUGAAUUAGAGUUUUUCAACAGUUACCUGUUCUGCAUAUAGCUUUUAAAGGCAUGCAUGCAAAUAUUGUUAGCUUCUGUGGUCUGCAAAAUAAUUGGACUGUGGUUUGUAACCAGCUAAGUUUUGCUGAGUGUAGAUUCAUUGAAAUUAACUGACCUAAGAUUUCCAUUAAUUUAAAUGGUUCUGAGUAUGACCUAACAUUGGAUACAAAACUCAGUUUUUAACCCUCCCACCCACCAAACCAUUGGGGUUGCUGUAAAUCAUAGCAGUUAUUGGAAAUAUUUGUAAAGGCUGAACCGCUUCAUACUCCAUGUACAUACUUGUUAGCAUGUGGUCAGUUGUAUUGUGGUUUUUCAUCUCUUUCCUCAUCCCCUUCAGGUUGUUUUUUUUUUAUUGCAUUUUACUUACUAAGGGAUCCUAUUAUAAUGAAUGGAAAAGUACCCAGUGCCAAUUCUUUUUUAAGAAUGUGGUAACAGUAAAAUCUAUUUUCUAAUGUUUAACAAGGCAUUUUGAAACGAACCAUGAGUGAAGAGACCCAUUGAAACCAGUGGACAUGUACUAAAACUAAGAAUAAUACUGGAUUUCCCCCUGUAUCUUUGUACACUUUAAAGGGUGUAUGUGAUCCCAAUAGGACAUGGCUACUGUCAGAACAUAUGGUGCAAGAAAGAUAAGGCCCAGUGAUAAUGGGAUUUCUCUUUUUGGUCAGCUUUCUGUCAUAGUGAAUUGGUCCAUUAACAGGUUUCUGAAUUAGUCCAUUAACAGGUUUCUCUUUUAUUAGGAAUGUGGCAAACUCUCCCAUCUCCUGCUGCUGCUUCCAUUUUCUAUAUAUAAAAUAUCAGCAUUGAAUGAUGUUAACCUUCUGAGUAAUUCAUAUGAAGCUUGAAUCCCCAUUACUUGAUAGCUCACCUGUCAAAUCCUAUUUAUAGUCUUAAGAUAUUUUAAAAGCUAGUGAUGUGAAAUAUUUUUAAGUUGCUUUCUAAUGUUGGCUGGAAAUUAUUUGAGAGAUUGCUUGGCAGCUAUACAGUUUUCUAAAGUUUGUGGCAUGUAGGAUUGCAUGUGGAGAUUGUAGAAUUGUUGGAGCAUUUUAAGGUUUAAUGCCAUUCUUCUGUUGAGAAUUGAGUCGUGGAUGGUAAUAAAUCUUACAGCAAAGAUGAGAAACCUGUGGCCCUCAAUAAGUUAGCAUCGAGAAAUAUCUUUAAUUAGUUAACUGUAUUUUAUUAAAUUAGUUAACUGUAUUUAAAAUUUACUCAGUUGUUUUAUUCUUGCAGGGAACUAGCGCAGAACAGGACAACCGCUUCAGCAACAAACAGAAGAAGCUACUAAAGCAACUGAAAUUUGCAGAAUGUCUAGAAAAGAAAGUAUGUUCAGUUUGUUGUAUUUGGAGAGUGAUAUGGAAUUCAAAAAAAAAACAACCUUAAUAAAUACAGAAGAUGCUUUUUGAAUUUAACUAACUGAGCUAAAGCUAAUAGAGCAUUAAGAAUAACUUGUUGUCUUGCACUUUAAAUAGAAUAAGUUUUUAAAGCUAAUGGAGAAUUUAUGUUGGGAUACAAACACGAAGUUGUGUCAUUUUUCAGUCAAGGCUUCCACCCCAUUGCAAAGAACUCUGAAUAGUUUCAUGCCUGGAGUCCAAAGACAAAUUCGCUGUUGAAUAAACCAUUUCAACUGCAGUCUUUAAAUCAUGGUUUCUCAGGAAAACGGGGGCUGCCACUAGCUUUGUUAGAUCACUAGUGGGCCCAAGCCGUUUUGGGCAGUCCGUGUCCACUUGUCCCACACCUGAUGUUCUAAGUGGCACGAGGCACAAGAAAUGUCACGGCAAAACUAAAAUGAAGAAGCAUCAGGAACACACUCUUUAAGUGCACUCCUGAUUCUUCCUUUGCAUCAGCAGCUUGAAUUCAGGCAUAUGGUUGACCAUAUGGUGGUGCUUCAGUGAUACUUUAAAGUGAUAGAGAAUGCUGUUUCAAUGAAGUAUCAAGCUAAUACCUUCUACUGAUAAACUAGAAAACUAAUGUGUGCAAGCACUGCUAUUGCUUGCUGUGCUUGUGUGCAUUGCUAUGGCAUGAAAAACUUGUGGUAUUUGACUGCUAGUUGGAGACCAGAAGUCUUAAGUGACUGAACAAAAGAAAUGUUAGCAUUAAAUAUAAUUCAUGUUUUUGGUUGAUCAAUGUAGGUGGACAUGAGCAAAGUAAACCUGGAAGUAAUCAAGCCAUGGAUAACAAAAAGAGUAACGGAAAUCCUUGGAUUUGAAGAUGAUGUAGUAAUUGAAUUUAUAUUCAACCAGUUGGAAGUGAAGGUAAUGAUUUUGCUGUGGUUGUAUUUACACAUUUGUAAAUGUAUUGCAUUAUUAUUCUGCCAAAACUGAAUUUUUUCUAUCAAAAACAGUUGAUGGAAUUAGGAGGGGUUUUGUUACAAUGUAUAUUGUGAAUAAAUUCAACUUGUAAAACAUUUUGUUAAGGUUGACAGUUUUAGUGAAGGUGCAUAGUUUGCAAAACUACUCAGGUGAAAAAUCAGACUUACUGUGUUGAUUUUGCUGUUACGUGUUAAGCUACUUUGACAGCAAUUUUCUAAUGAUGAUGUGAUUUAUGAUUUAAAAGGCCUGAACCAAAAUGGAAGUUAUUCCUUGCGUCUGAAGUAUAGCACCAUCACCUUAUUAGGUCACAGCAGAGUGAGUGUCCAAUGUCGCUCUGACCAACUCCCUUGAUGAUGCAGUGUGUGUUUGGAGGUGAGUUGUGUAAAGUGGCCGAACCAAAGACUGACAAAGCAUCCAGCAGAAAGCCAUUGGGCAAAGCUUUACACUGCUCUUGAAAUUGUUGUGAAUUAGAUCAGAUUAAAUGUAAAGCAUAAGGUGCAGUUCUAAAUUGGUAAGAGGCGUUCAGUGGAGACCUACUCUGUAUAGAACUAUGGCUGUGUUCAGUAGGGAUGGAGGGGUGAUAUAUUAAUUACAGUAAAAAUAUGCUUCAGGUUGCUAAAGACAAAACCUUAUAAGUGUAAGCCACCUUCCACUGAAAUUAGUGGCAAGACACCCAUCUUAAGUUAAUGGAACUGAAUUGCACCACUGGAAUACAGCUAAACAGUUACCAGUUGUGUACAGUGGUGCCUCGCAAGACGAACUUAAUCCGUUCCGCGAGUCUCUUCGUCUUGCGGUUUUUUCGUCUUGCGAAGCACGGCUAUUAGCGGCUUAACAACUUUAAGAAAAAGGAAACAAACUCGCAAGACGUUUUGUCUUGCGAAGCAAGCCCAUAGGGAAAUUCGUCUUGCGGAACGACUCAAAAAACGGAAAACUCUUUCAUCUUGCGCGUUUUUCGUCUUGCGAGGUACCACUGUAACAUGAACUUCAAAAAUGAAACUGAGUUCAUGAUAAACUCAGUCUUUUAUCUUAAACAAUCUGCCACUGCAUCCCAAGAGUCAGUACAGUAUUUUCUCUGAACUAAUGGCAGAAAUGCUCCUGUGCUAAUAUACAUUAUGCUCAAUCUUUCUUCCAAAGAAUUCAUCUUUAUGAUUUGACUGAACAGUUGACAUUUCAACUGAGAAAGGUAUUGCUGUUUUAAAAAAAGGUCAUGGUGUAUUUUGAAUGUAAGAUUUUAUUUGUUAAAACAGCCAUAUUUGGAAUCGUUUAUGUACUUGCAUAGAAAUCGUAACUGGGGAGGAAAAUUUAAGGGAUCAGCUAAAUAAAGUAAGAAUGUAUAAUGGGAAGUAGCUUGCUAACAUGUAUUAGUGUAAUAAAACCUAGAUAUUCAGUUUUAGUUCCCCUUUGUACAAAGCAUGAUUUAAACUGUAGAAUUAAAAAAGAAAACAAUUUUUUUCCUUUUUGUGGUUGUGUACUCAUUAUUGCUUGUUCGUCUUUUGCAAUUUAGAUAAAUGAUAUAACAUUAAACUCAAGGUGGUUGAGUUGCAGUAGGGAGUCGGAAGCAAGCCAAGGGAACAUCUUUCUCUACAGGGGACUUGGCGAUUCCAAACCCCCCAAAGUUCCAAGAAGAAACUGAAGACACCUGGAAUCUGUACUUGCUUUGUGCUGUUGAGCUGUGCUUGUUAUAUGGACCUUGUUGCUUUGACCAACAAUGUUAGAAAUAAAGUGCCCACUUAUACUGUGAGCCAAACUUGACCUCUUAAUCCUUUGUGGGCAUUGCAUAAAUGUCAUAAAAACCAGAUAUGGCAGCUUUCAUUCCAUAAACGUGUCAGUGAAGGCUUAGUAUAGUUUGCUGAUGAAAGUAAGAGAAUGCAUGCAUAAACUUUUGUUCAGUUUUCACAGCAGGACACAGCAGGGUUAUUGUAGAUGAUGAUUCUGUAAUGUUAAAUAAAUAUACAGCUUCUGUCCAUUGUACGGAUCACGGUAAACAAAACCAAACCAAAACAAAAGAUUUUCAAGCAGCAGUACCAAAGUCUAUUGGGGAAGGAUGUUUAGAAAGUUAACUACAAAGAAACUUAUAUUAACUAUUAUGAUGCUGCUAUACUAAAUUCAUGCCCCACAGCUGUAGCGGCUGCAGAGACCAAAAUGCGUAUGAAAUCUACAAAGGAUUAACAGGCCAUUUUGAAUGUAAAUGGUAUGACGAGAGAAAAUUGGUAAACUGUUAGGGCUAUGUUACUGAGCAACUUUUAGGGCAAGUUUUAAAAACUAGUAAUGAGUUUAAUAUACUGUAGCCCCAUGGUAGAAGAUUGUGAAAAUUAAAAUGACUUAUCUGAGUUUGGUUUUUUCAAAUAACCUGUAUUUCUUCCUGUCACAUCUCUUUGCAGAAUCCAGAUUCCAAAAUGAUGCAAAUCAACCUGACAGGGUUCUUGAAUGGGAAAAAUGCUAGAGAGUUCAUGGGAGAACUGUGGCCACUACUGUUAAGUGCACAAGAAAACAUUGCUGGUAUUCCAUCUGCUUUCCUGGAGCUGAAGAAAGAAGAAAUAAAACAGAGACAGGUAAAUUUCAGCAAUGCUAGUUGAUGGGUUCAAAUCCCUAUUCAAAUAUGAACUUGUAAAAUGUCUCUGGACAAACCACAGAGCAUCUUACGUAAAUUGAGAAUUUUCUAAAUCAAAAGCAGGGCUUGAACAAAAACAGGAAUUGAACAGAAACUGUGUUAACUCUAGAUAUUAAGAGUGAGAGCCCUAACGAUAACUACUCAUAAGUAAGUUCUUUUGAAUUUAGUUGGGCUUACUCCCAGGUAAGCUGGGUUAGAAUUGCAGCCUAAGUGUAAUAUUAAUACAAUAAUCAGUACAAGUUUAAAACUGUUCAGUUCACCAACUCUGUUACAUGGUGAACAGUUAUUUCCUUUUACAGAAAGAUGAGUUCUUGUGAGUGUUUGUUUUAUUAAAGAUGUGAGUACGAAAGAUCACAUGUGGAAAUGUGAACAUGGUAUUGAUUUGUACACAUAAUUGGUGUUCCCGGCAAAAAGGUGGUCAAAUCAUCUGCUGUGUACAGUAAGCCCACAACCUAUGCACAUUUAACUUGUGUGCAGUCAGCUUUAUGUGCAUGGCAAAUAAUAAUAAAAAUGGGGCGGGGUUCUGGGAAAAAUGUACUUGAAUCAUUGAACCCAUUGUGUUUUGACUAGACAUGACUUUGGAUUUAGGUGUGAUGCCCAGAACAUAACCCCGGUGAAAGUUGUGGACUUGGUGUCGUGCUCACUUCUACUCUGAAGAAUGACUCCUUUUUGAGUUUCUGCACUCAAGGCACUUAUUUUUUAGCUCCCAGAAUUGCAUAGUAUUUAACUAUUUAGAAAGAGCAACAAUGGCAAACACCCUUCUCAGGUUCAUAGUGUGGCAUGGCUCAUCACAUUAUAUCUAUCUUCAGUUUUCUGAAGGCAUUAAAAGCUCAAGUUCUGCUACCCCAAGUGUUUGGAAUAAUAAAUCAGCGUUUUACAGUGUCUGAUCUUGAUUGUAAAUAAUUUGUCCUUCCACUGUCCUACCAUUGUCAGCUGUUUUCCCCAAACACAGAACAAAGUGUGUGCAGUCUAUUCUAUCCUGUUAGUGCUUUAAAUGUUUUACAUCAUAGUAGCAGCAUAUUAAUUAUCAGGUGACUCUAGAAAUAAAGUACACCAGAAGUUGGGCUUAUACAAAUGAUUUUGAUAUUUGAUAUAGUAAUUCAGUUUAGCAUUAUGAGAUUUUAUGGUUGACGUGGGGUUUCAAAGUUAGCACCUAUCCACUUACCAUGCCUAACCAGCCAGUUUUAACUAUGGCUUCUAGUAAUCUACUGAGUGGCAGAGACGCUUCACUCUCUGCUAAUGUUCAUGUCAUUGUGUAAUUUGUCUUAGUGGUUUUCCUCUUUGAGCCUCCUGGUUUGAAUGCAUUUGUUCAGCUCUGUGUUAUUCUUGAUGUAAAUGUACCUGAGCUAAAGUAGCAUAGCGGCUUAUUCAUAGAACAAUGAAUUCACAAGUCUCCAGACCAGUUUUUUGUUUGUUUGUUUGUUUGUUUGUUUGUUUGUUUUUGCUUUGACCUCACCAGAUGACUUUAGACAAGCCACUUGCUUCUGCAUUUUGAGGAAAAUAUUUGGUUACCUUAUUGGGUGGUUGUAAAGACAAGAUAAUGCAUUUGAAGCAUUCAGAACACACUAUAUAAAGAACACACUAUAUCGAUGUGUAUGGUGUUAAUAUUUAUUCUUUCAGUGGAUUCAACAUUUUCUUCUCAGCCCAUGCUUCUGAAUUAAGGGCACAUUAAUGUUUAUUUCAGAUUGAACAGGAAAAAUUGGCUUCCAUGAAGAAACAAGAUGAAGACAAGGAUAAGAGAGACAAGGAAGAUAAAGAAAAUAGAGAAAAGAGGGACAGAUCCCGAAGUCCUAGAAGGUAUUACUUAAAUGUGUGUGUGUUGUUAUUUUCCAAAUGACUCUUGCAUGUGUUGAAGCUGUGGUAGAGCAGCUCUAUUAGUUAAAUUUUCUUGGGAAUCUUUUAGUAUUUGAAGUCUAAAUGCUCUGGCUAAAGCAUUUUAUUUUUCCCAGUUAACAGUGCUACAAGGUGUACAUUUGAACCUACAUUUGUGUCCAUGGCCCAUGUAUCAUCUAUGCAAACUCCCAAUAUUAAGCUGAGAUCUUCAGGAUCUUUUUGCUAGAGCUGUAAUGUGUGCAUUUGUUACUAAUAAACGUUUACCCUCAACCUUGCGCUCACCAGAAGCUCACACGCAAGAAGAAUAAAAAAAAAGAUGGGUUUAUUACUUGAAAUGAAAGUGACAGUAUAUAAAUGCUGUUUCAGACAGCAAAGUUAAAUUAUAAGCAGGUAGCAAGAGUGAGAAGGAUAAUUGGAUUGGAUAUUAAUAUAUUUUUCAAAUUCCACAAGAAACUUGAAUAUAAAUUGACUUUGUCCUAGGCGCAAAUCAAGGUCUCCUUCCCCUAGAAGACGCUCAUCCCCUAUCAGGAAAGAGAGAAAACACAGCCAUUCCCGAUCCCCACACCAUAAAACAAAGAGUCGUAGUGUUACUCCUGCACCAGAAAAGAAAGAAGAGACUCCUGAGCCAGAACCUUCAAUCAAAAUAAAAGAAACAUUGAUUCAGGAGGCCACAUCUACUAGGUAUAUCUACUUGUUGAGAAGUUUUCCUUUCUAGUUUUGUUCUCAUAUUACUCUGAAACGUGAUAUUCGAUGUCAUGUGGAGUAGUGAAUAUAAUUCAGAAAGCUGUAAUUCUACACCAAUUUUAUUUAGUUAUUUGUUCAUCAUUCUGGCUUUCUUUCAUUACUUUUGAAUACAUGUUGGACAUAACCUAACAAUACUACAGAAAUGUGAAAAUGUAAGAUUGAACAUGGGAAUGGAAGGUGCCAGGAGCUUUGUCUGAGGCAUUAUCUACCAAUCGGGAGUUGAUGCUUUUGGCGUGCAAGUGCCUUAAACAAAUCUCUUCUUCAUAGAACACUGGACAUACUGUUUUGGUUCAGAAUUCUUAGCUAACAGAAAGGGUGUCUUCUAGAAUUACCUGCCAUGUGUCUGUUAAGUGUUGCAGAUUGCACCCUUAAAUUAUCUAAAAUCCCCCCCCCCCUCCAAUUGUAAUCUCUGGUUUAAUCUUCAAAAUGUAUUUCAACAGUGAUAUUUUGAAAGUCCCCAAAAUUGAGCCUGUGCCAGAUACCAAGGAGCCAUCUCCAGAAAGAAUUUCAAAGAAGGAAAGGGAGAAGGAAAAGGAAAAGAAUCGUCAAAGGACUCCUUCUCGAUCCAAGUCAAGGUCAAAGUCUCGCUCACGGUCUGCAUCUCAUUCAAGACCAAGAAGGCGUCAUAGAUCACGAUCCAGGUUAGAGGGUUGGAAGGUGUUUUUGCCCUGCUGGGCAGCAUAUGUGUUCUUUUUAAGUCACAUCUACCUCAUCCAGUUCGGAUGAAAAAAUGGUAAAGCAUUCCUCCUCCUCAUUGUCCUCUUAUCAUUUCUUAGAGUUUGGACCAUUCCAUGUUGUUUCUUCAUGUGUGUGGUCAUGGGAACAGCCUGUGAUCACACCAUGUCAAAACAGCCCCCACUCUUGUAAAUAUGAAUUAGGACUUAAUAGUUAUCCAUGCAGGGCUAGUACAGGACAUAGAGAGCAAUUGCUUUGCUGCUUACACACACUGGUCUCCUUCAGCUCUUGAUUGGUCUUCUGUGGCCUGUGUACUGAGACUUUCCAGGGCAUGCUGGGUGCUUCCAGAGAAAGACAUUUUGACUGACAUAGAUGUGAAGAGCUCCUGCUCCUUUACUGCACCAAAUACUACUUUAACUUUAGGAAUAAUAAACUGUUAUAUAUUGUUGCAUCAGUACUGCAGUGGCACAGGCAUUCUCCAUGACCAUCUCAGUAGAAUGCUUAGCUUUGAGGAAGGACCCUUUCUCACCAUUGAGCAUUCAGGUAUCUGUUGUCAGCUUUCCUGCAGCAACAAAGCAGCAGGGGUGCUGCUUCCAGAGGGGUAAAUGGCAGUGUAAUUACACAGGUGUUUGCAAUCUUCCUGUUACACUGAGACAAAACAGAAGGUCAGUCCUGCUCCAAGUUUUAUAGCAGCAAUAUACUAAGUGAGUGUGGCUCCACUGAUAAGGAACUCCCUUCAGUUGGAGAGUUGGCAAAGCUUUGGCCUUGUAAAUCAAUAAAUUUAGUAUCUGAAUUUUCAUGAAUUGAUAGGUCUUACUCACCAAGAAGGCGGCCUAGCCCAAGACGACGCCCAUCUCCUCGGAGAAGAACCCCGCCAAGACGCAUUCCACCUCCACCCAGACACAGAAGGAGUAGAUCUCCUGUGAGACGGUAAGAGUCUCUAAUUUAGAAGCAAGAGUCACCUGUAUUUAAGGGAUGUAUCAAUAGUAAUGUUUUAGUUGCUUCAGUUCAUUCCCCCCCCCCUUCAAUCUAAGGAGAUGAGAGUCAGAAACAGUCUCCUAUUUGGUCUGAAACUGGUCAUGAAAUACUUUCCUCUUGGUGUUCAGGACGAAAGAUAUACAGAGAAAUAAGAGACUUAAAUAAAAAUAAGAGACUGUUUUAUCUACAUCCUGACUUCCUCAGUAGGAAGAGAUAAAUAAAUAAAAUAAAAUACCAUGAAAGUUGCAUCAAGGGAAACUGAACGCUGUCAUUUCUACAAUUCUCCAUGGCCUGUCUUUUUAAAUAAUAUAUCCAGUGCUCAGCAUAGGUUGACACGAUGAUGAUGAUGAUAAUAAUAAUAAUAAUAAUUUUUUAUUUGUACCCUGGCAGGAGCCGGACUCAGGGCAGCUAACAUCACCAAACUAACACAGUGUACAAAGAACAUAAAAACAGGCAACCAAUUAAUUAAAAUACAUCUUAAAAUUAGUUCAGAGCAAAUUAAAAUCUGGACAGAUGGCCGUCCACGGAUAAAAUUGAGAGUGGUUAAUAUUCUCCCGGGCCAACUGUUACCACUGGUCUUAUAAAGGACCUGUGAGCGGGCUAGGAGGCCUCUUUAAUGCUUGUUCUUAUACAGAAAGAAGAAUCAGACUGAACCCUGACUAAAGGUCUGGCGGAACAGCUCCGUCUUGCAGGCCCUGCGGAAAGAUGUCAAAUCCCACAGCGCCCUGGUCUGUUGUGAGAGAGUGUUCCACCAGGCCGGGGUCUCUUAGAAAGUGUAUUUGUUUCUGAAUUAUUUUUGAGACUGUACUUUCAAAGAGUCAGUGUAGGGGUUGUCAGUUGCAAAAGUAAAAUGUUUUAGGAUUCAAAUAGGACAGAUAUAUUUACUUUUAUACCAUUUCUUGAUAAGGUUGACCCUCCUAAGAAGCAUUUGCUUUCCACAGACUGUACUUAAACAUCCUAAAACAUGGGGGAGCUUGUUUCACAGUAACUUGUCCACCGUUUUUCUUUCAUGGAAUUCUGUGCAUUUGCAGAGGAUUCUGGGACAUGUUUUAGGGCACAUAAUUUAUGUUGGGCACUGACGAGACCUGUUGGACCCUGUCACCACUGCAUGAAUAGCAGGUACACCUGACAAUGUACAUUCCAGGGAAGUUGUGUAGUAGCAUCCCAAAUGCCUUUUUGGGAAGAGCCCCUGUUUCCUACAGAAUACCGUUUGAAAGCAUUGCUCCUAAAGAAUUAACAUACACUCACUUCAUUGCUAUUCUUUUCAUAGGAUGUCAUUAUGUUGCAAAAAGUUAUGUGCACAGACAAACUGACAUUUGAAUAUUGCUUUGCAAAUUUUGUGACUGGAUAGUUGAGCACUUGGACUUUAGAAAAACUUUUGAAAAUUUAACACAAGCAUAGUUGUUUAGCUUUGUGAUAUCACUUCCAAAGACUAAAUUGCUCAGGGUAGGGUUUCUUUUUUUUCAGGUUCUCAGGAAUUCUGCAGCCAAAGGUGGAGUCAGCAGGUACAUGAUAGCAACAGAACUGACCACAAAUUGUGCUGCAGAAUUCUAGAGGCCCUUCUUUAAAGUGUAAUCUGAAAGAAACCUGGCUGAUUUAACUCUCAAUACUGAUGGUUUUUCCAAACAUGAAAGAAAUUUUUUUAAUUCCCUUGCAUUGGGCUUUUUUGAGACAAGUUUCUUAAAUGAAAGAGUCCAUUAAAUUCAGUCCUUUAAAAAGAAUGCUUCUAGACCAUCCAACUCCUAAACCAUUUGAAACCUUUUCCAUCACUAACUACUAAGUUAGGUCUGCUGGAUGUGUUAAAUUGAAAGUGCUAUUCAACUGUUUGUGGAAAUAUUGUAGUAGAAGCUAGUAAGAUCUUUGAGAAACCAGGACAAUGCAGAUUGGUUACAGUGUCUUAUUAUGAUUAGUCAGAGAAUACUUGAUGUCAACUUGAAUUUUACAGGAGGAGACGAUCGUCAGCAUCUUUGUCAGGAAGUAGUUCCUCCUCCUCCUCUUCACGUUCCCGAUCUCCACCAAAGAAACCACCUAAGAGAGUUGUCUCCAGCCCUCCUCGUAAGACACGUAGACUGUCACCUUCAGCAAGUCCUCCUAGGCGAAGGCACCGCCCCUCCCCACCCCUAACCCCACCCCCAAAGCCCCGCCGCUCUCCAACACCUCAGCAAUCGAACCGUGCAAGAAAAGGCCGAGGCUCAGUUUCUCCCAGUAGAACCUCAGGUACAGAGAAGUAAAUUUAUUUUUUUACAAGCCGCUCUAAUUGUGUGUAUGGGGCUUUGUAUAGCUCUUUAGUAGCUAAUGAGUGGAGUGUCUUAGACGCCUGCCUGUCUAAAGUGGAAAGGUUGUGGAGAGAGACAGAGAGAUAAUAAAUACUAAAAUGUUAGGGGGGCAUCUGUGUUUUCUCCAGCUCAAAACCAGUCCCCUAGGCUAGACGGCCAGAAAAGGCAGGCAGUAACUUCAUGUAUUGCUGGCCAGGUACACCUGUACGUUAAGCACAAUACAAUUGCCACACAUGUAGCUCAAAAAAGAGCUGGAGUAGAUACCAUGCUAGACAAGUACAUUUAGGUUUUGUUGCUGUAAGGACUACUUGACAUGCACACCAGUAGCAGCCAAUAGCAUUAUUUCACAUGACAUCACUUUGGUGCUCCUAGAUAGAAGGGGAAAAACCACUUCUGUGGAAUAUGUCCUUUGCUUGGGCAGCUACCUGCAUGAGUGGGUUGAGCACAGGGAUCAACCUCAGUUGCUUCUUUUGGAGAAUUGAGUUCAGUGGAAGCGUUGGUGGCAGGCUGGCAGUGUUUAGUAACUGUUUCAAAGGCUAAGUAGCAGUUCAUUUGCUUGUACUAUGCAACACUUAUGUUUAAAAAUGCCACCAUUAGAAGAUUUUUUAAAAUACAAUCGUAGAUUAGUCUAUAAUGGUGGUGGCCUCAGAUGUAAGUUCUGAUUUCAAAUUACAGCACAGUGGAUGUGGUUGGAGCAUUUUAUACACUCCCCCUCUCUCUGAUUCUGUUUACAGGGAGCACUAACGAAGAUUUAUCUGACAAGUUUUGGGGCUUGUUUUUAAAUUUAAGUGUCUUACCUGCCCUGUCCUAGGGACUUGGGACUGUUCGCAGUUUUAUCUCAUUUCAUCCUUCCAGCAACUCCUAUACGGUAGUUUAGGCUGAAAGAUAGUGACUUUCCUAGAGUUGAAUCUGGAUCUGCACCAGAAUGGUGUUUGGGGGGGCGGGCGUGAAUCACAUAUGCUUUGUGAAGGCUCCUAGGGCAAUUAACACUACUGUAUAAGUUACUAUAUAUAUACCCAAUAUUUUCCUGGCUCUUCCUCAGAAUUCUGUUUAUUUGUUUCUUUUCAGCACCCAAACGUAAAAGUAUUGAAAAAAGGGAAUCUCCCUCACCAGCACCGAAACCUAGAAAAGUAGAAUUGUCAGAAUCGGGUGAGUUCCUCAAUUUAUGUCUUUACAUUUUUAAUACGGAGUUAUUUUGAGAUUCUGUGAUAUUGGGAGUGGUUUGUGUGACUUUGGUGCAUUAGGUGCCCGUGUGUACCGUUUUAUGUGAAGAUGCCUCAUUAAAAAAAGGCUAACCAUUUAAGAACACUAUAAAAUGUAGCAAAAAUAACCAAAAGAGUGAAAAAGCAACAGCAGUUCAAACAUAAUCAUCUCUAGACUCUCUUGACAUCCAAAGCACUGUAAAAGAACCAUGUCUUAAGAAAGAGCCCUGAGAUUGAGCUCUGUGAAUAUGAAAUGUAUUCCAUAUUGUUACUGUUAACAGAGGGAGAGCUAUAGCUCUGUGGUAGAGCACCUGCCUUGCAUGAGCAAAGUCCCAGCUUCAGUUGCUGGCAUCCCUAGGUAGGGAGAUACUGGAGAGCCACUGCCGGUCAGGGUAGACAGUUCUGAUGGACCAAUGGUCUGACAUAGUAUAAAAACACUUCCUAUGAAACACACUUGUAAAUAUAAUAUUUCAAUGUGUUUUUCUUUUAAUUUGCACACUUUUCAGAAGAAGACAAAGGUGGUAAAAUGGCAGCUGCAGAUUCUGUUCAACAAAGACGGCAGUAUAGAAGGCAGAACCAGCAGUCUUCAUCUGGUACGGUAUUUUAUAGUUUUGCAGACUGAAUCCUUGUAAUGUAUACUUGGAAAUAAGCUCCCUCUUGUUUAUUGGGGCCUCUUCCCAAGUAAGUGUACAAAAAAAAUAAUGUCCUUAUAUGAGUUGUUAUAAAUGGCUUCUAUUGCAAACCUAUAAUUUGGCUAAGUCACUUGGAUUUCUUUAUGUGGACUGUUCUGGUUCUAUCCAGUAUUUCAGGGGUGGGGAACCUUUUCUGAUCAGUGGGCCAGAACUUUAUCUCCCCACUUGUGGCAUGCCCAGUUUGAUAGGUGGGGCUGCCUACCUGUCAAUCACCUGAUGCCAUAGUAACAACAGGUGGUGCUGUGCUUUAAAGCCCCAAUUGUCAGGACUUCAAAGAUUCCAAACAGCUGGAGAAGGGCUUUCAGACAGCCCCAAACUGCUCCGAGCCUCUGGUGUCUGGAGCUUCAAAGAGUAGUGCUGGGAGGGAAACUGCUUUCCCCUCUCUGAGCAAGGCACACUACCACCCUCCCAACUGCUGAUGGAAAGGAAAAACUGGAAGCUCACUUUGAAAUCCUAAUUGACCCUUUGAAGCCCCACCCUUACCUGCUGCACACCUGAUGUCAUAUAUAAUGUCAGGUGCUGUGUGGUUGGCCAUGGCUUCCUCAAAAGAGAGGCUAGCUGGCCAAAUUCAGCCUGCAGGCUGACCAUCCCCCAGCCCUUUAAUAUUUGUUACCAGCUCAUGCAAUUUGAAAUUAGUGGUAGCCUUCAUAGACUCUAUUUAAGAGGCUGGAUUUUAACCCUAUAAACUUUUGCUCUGUAAAACAUUGCAGUUUUUAGGGGUAGGGGUGAGGUGCAAUUUUCUAUUGCUGAGAAAAGGCCCGUGCUAGAACAGAGAGUGGCAUCUGUGGGGAAGAUAGGUGAGUACACAAAAUUCACAGAUGUAGGACUGCAGCGGUAGUGUACCUGUGGCCCUCCAGAUACCACAUUUACUCACACCUCAAUUUAAUGCACACCUCAAUUUUCAGAACAUUGAAACCAACAAAAGUAUUUGCUUGUAAAUGUGCCAUUGAAUCUAAUGUGCACCUUAAUUUUUGCAAUGUAAUUUGGCCAGAAAAGGUGAGCAUUAGAUUCAAGUAAAUACGGUAUUACGGCACUCAGAUUUCCAGCAACCUCUGGAGGGCCACAGGCGCCCACACUCCUGUACCUCAGGCUUAUUAUUUCUUAAAUCAUUGGUUCUUAAAAAAUAUGAGGUGCACUUUCCUAGAGAGUUGUAGGUGGUUUGUUGGAGCUGGUGUAAGGUAUUUGAUGUUUGCCUUUAAUGGCUCAAGAGUGCCUUAUCCCAUUCUGUGACGAGUUGAGUAUUAGUAGGGCAUUUUUUUGUUUCCUUGGAGAUCUUUCAGUAGGCAUUUGAAAAGUGUAUUUUGGGCUAAUGUAUCAGCUAUAGGCAGAUGCAGCAAUAUCAUAGUAAUACACUGAUUUAUUAGUUUGAGCGCUGUGGACAUAUGCUCCCCCCUACCUCCUCUCACACAGCAUAUAACUGGGUUUCCCAGUUCAGCUGAAGGCUUUCAUUUGAAGCACAAAGGGAGUGCAUUGCUUCAGUGCUCAUUUUAGAACCAAUAAGCCAUGGUUGGUUAGAAUGAGAUUGUUACAUCUUAACCAGAUGACAGUGUUUCCCUCUCUGCUUGCAUUGCUCAUGGGUAUGGCCCUAUAUUGAAAUUAUAUUGAAAUAAUUUAAUCUUUUCCUUUCACAUCCUUAAAAACUGUUGGCUCACUGCCCUUGGGAGCUAAUAGCACCUGGUUGCUUAUAAAAGUAGGCUUUAUGUGUGAACUGAAUGGAAACUUAGAGAAGCCUGCUAGCAUAUAAUACUUAUAGCUUAGAUUACUUCUGGUUCCUAAUAUCUCUUAACAUGCCAGUUUUAGAAGGACAGCCAUGUGAGUGGAGUUGGGAAUCCAUGCGGAGAGGAUGUUUGAAAACAGAAUCCAUAAGAUUGUUUUUUUCAAACUCUUUAAUCAGCCACAGAUACAUAAUUGCACAAAUUGAUUUGUAAAGCUGCUAAUAAUUAUUCUACAGAAGUUUGCUGCAUUUUGAUUUUUUUAUUCUUAAAGGGUUUAUUCACAGAGUUUGAUUUCCUUUUAAACUGGCUAUUGAAAAAGUUGUGAAAGAAAAAUUAGCGGAAUUUAGCUGCUUUAUAUAGAGUCAUUUAAAAAUAAUAUCAUUAAUUCUAAAGUCAUUAUUGUGUUGCAUUUUAGAAACAAGAGUCUUUCAUUUUCUUACAGAUUCUGGUUCAUCGUCAUCAUCUGAAGAAGAACGGCCAAAAAAGUCAAACGUAAAGAAUGGUGAAGUGGGUAGACGCCGGCGACACUCGCAUUCCCGUAGCCCUUCUCCAUCUCCACGAAAGUGGCAGAAAGAUUCUUCCCCUCGGUAACUUCAUUUGUUUUAUACUGGCGUUUACUUCUAGCAGUCUAUGUGCCAUUGUUUUCUGAGCACCUUAUUAUAUCAUUUGGAGCUUGUUUUGCUUUUGCAUUUUCUGCAGUCAGAACUAAAUUUAGCACCUAUCCCAAACUCAGAACAUGAAUAUGUUAAUGUUUCAUGUUAGCGAUGUUGUUUCUGUUGUUUCACUUACUUUAAUGACUUGGCUGAUUUUUAUCAUUAGGAUUCUUAAUGGGAGCUUCUUGGGGCUAAGAAUUGCUAAUUCAUCCUAGCAAGUAACUCUGGGGGAUGUUUGACUUCUCAAUUUUUUUCCCUCCCCUCCACUGCUGUCAGGAUGCAGAUGGGAAAGAGGUGGCAGUUGCCAAUUGUUAAAAGGUCAGUUAGCAGGUUGAUCUGCUAAUUAGGAUUAAAUCUUGAAGGGCUUUCUAGAAAGGUUGUAUUUACUACUACUACUACUACUACUACUACUACUACUAUUAUUAUUAUUAUUAUUAACUUCAAAUUUAUAACACACUGUUCCAGAAAGGAGCCCAGUGUGGCUUCCAUUAAUCAAAUAAAAACAAUUCAAAGCAGCACUGUAACAUAUUGCAGGCAGUACUUAUUGUAUAUUUAACAUAGGCCCACCAUGUAGAAAACAAAGUGGGGGGAUGCUAAGCCUGUGGGAGGUGGUGGUGGAGGAGGGAGCCGGGUGCACCUUAGUCUUUCCUAAGUCUGCUUUGAUCACCUCUGCCGCAAAUUCAGCUAUGAAGGAAAUGAAAAAUAGAAUAAAGUUACAAAAAUGGGAUAAUAAAACAAGAUGACAGUCUAGCAAUGCACAUUUGGUGUUUCCCAAAUAGAUAUUCAGAAGUAGUUAAAAUAGAGUUUAUUUAAUUUUUUUUAAAAAGAGUUUACUGCAUCGCGGAAAGCAGCAGUGUAUGAUGUUAUUAAAAAGGUUGCAUUCAGGGUUUUUUUUUUAGUAUUUGUUUAGGAUAGACUGUAAAACUGAAAGUGGAUUGUUUCUGUUUUGAUUACAUCAGCUUCUGCAUUGUUAUAAACUUCUAGUUACAAAAGAAACCCCAAUUCAUCACAACAUUGUGUACUUGUAUUUGAGGAUUAUUUUUGUACAAUUUUAUUUUAUUUUUUGUUUUGCUUCACUUUGCUCUAAUAUUACAGACACCCCAAGUCUCUUAGAAAGCUAUGUAAUUUUUUUCCCAUGAAACGUGGGUACUUUGGGAUGUUGCCAACUAUGUACCUUUGUGGUGAUCAGAGGAUCCUAGUUUGUGGAGGAAAAAAAGUGGCACAAGUGACUUGCAAGUGAAUUCUCUAUCACUUCCACCAUAUGCCUUUGAAGGGAAAGUGCUGCAGGCCAAUAUAACAUUAAAUUUAUAUGCAUAUUGAAACUGAGCUGAGCUAAAAUCUUGGACAAGCCUGCUUAAAUGCACUUCAGUUGUCACCUAAACAGGCUUCUCGUUGCUUCUGUACCUGUGAUAUCUGUCCCUGGAAGGGAAUCAUUUAAGUUGAAGGUCUGUCACUGUUUUGCCAGUGCAGUUUUGCUCCUUGAGGGAAUUGCAUUGGUGUUGGCAUACUAGCAUGUGGUGGAUCAGUCAGCGUUGUUGCUUUUCAUACACACACACGUGAGCAACACAACAGGAUUAUAUUGUAAAUUAAAUGAAUCAUAGUUGGAGGAAAGAGGGUCUGAGAGUAGCAGAACAUACUGUCUAUGUCACCUUACAGCAGCAUUGAAAGUGUGUCCCCAAAGACACACAAAUUUGCUAGCCUGUCUGCUCAAAAAUGGCUAUGCUAGUUGUUAGUUGAUCCUCUUUUUUUAAAAAAACUUGCCUGGUGAUCCCAGGAGGCUAGGCAUGUGGCUUUGUUUAAGCCCUGUCUUCUGUGCUUGCUGACUACCACUAAUAUGACUAAUAAGAGCCCGAUGGUUGAGUGGCAACAAUUGUUAAAGGGAUUAUAGCUGAAGGGCAGGGUGAUGUUGCCUUGGCCAGCAGUAAGCUACUUUGUACAUAGGCUAUUGUGCGUAUGCUUCUUUCUCUAGGAUCUGUCUUGAGCCUCUUCCCUCUCUCCUUCCUUUAGUAGGAGGAGGCGCAGUCCAUCGCCACUGCCUACCAGAAGACGGCGCUCUCCUUCCCCUGCCCCUCCUCCAAGACGGCGGAGGUCACCUUCAUUACCACGCCGAAGGUAAUACUUGCUACUUACCUUAUGAAACACACAUCUCUAUAAAAAGUGUGCUGUUAACUUAGAAAUGGCCUUUCAUCAAUAUUUGAUAGCGGCAUCAAUAUUAAUUAUUUUGAAAUUGGCAAUGAAACUAUUGAUGCUUCUUAAUGUAUUUAUAUAUUUACUUUAGUUUAAACUUUUAACUUGCCAAUGGAUUCAAUAAAGUUUAUAAAAGAUUAAAACAAUAAAUACAGCCGAAACAGCCUAUAAAUAAGAUCACAAUUAAAGGUUAGAGAUGACAUCCAAUGGUAUCUGUUUGUGAAUGGAACAGUGGUUUACAAAGAUUAUUUCAAUAGGCAUAUUUAAAUUUAAAAAAAUAGUGAAAAUGUUAUAGAACAUUUAGAAAAAUUGUGUAACUAGCAGGUGGUAUUGCUUUCUAAUUAUGCAGUGGCAUUUACAGGCAAUUAUAGCAAAGUAAAACUGUGUGCACACAGUUAUCUAUUAUUAUUUGGAAACACCUUCAUGUACCCCUUAAAUGACUUUGCAUAUUUGUUUCUAAGGUCUCCAUCACCACCACCUCGCCGGCACUCCCCCACACCCAGAAGAUACUCUCCUCCAAUACAAAGAAGAUACUCUCCUUCACCCCCUCCAAAGAGAAGGACGGCUUCUCCUCCUCCCAAACGAAGGGCAUCUCCUUCUCCGCAGCCUAAGCUUAGAGUCUCCCGUUCUCCACCACCAAAACAAAGAAGUUCUCCACCCCCAAAGAGACGCUCGCCAUCAAUAUCCUCCAAGCACAGGAAAGGAUCUCCGCCCAGCAGGUCCAACCGCGAAGCCCGUUCCCCUCUGCAGAACAAACGGCAUUCUCCUUCACCACAGCCUAGGCCUUCCCGUCCUUCUGCAAGUCCCCCGCUGCUGCGCCGGGGACCUUCAUCUUCUCCCCAGCGAAGGCAUUCCCCAUCGCCGAGCACCAGGCCCAUCAGAAGAGUCUCGAGAACCCCAGAGCCGAAAAAGUCUAAGAAGUAAGCAAUUCAUUGGCAGCCAAAGGGCUGCUUUUGAUAUUUGAAAAGCAGUUCGGCUAGGCCACUAAGGAAUGUCUGAGAAUAUUACCAACCCUGAGGUGUAUUGCGUAAUUUCCCUACCAAAUACCAACUUGUUUGAUAGGACUUAGACAUGAAAUUUCACGACAGAACACUGGAGUAGACCCAUUGAAAUUAAUGGACUUAAGUUGGUCAUGUUUGUUAAUUUGAGUAGAUAUUCUCAGACUGACUCCUGUUGGAUACAGUGCGUUUCUAUAAUCUGUUCCAUCGGUGGUUUUUUAUUUGUAACAAAAUCUUUAAAAGAAUAUAAAUUCUUAAUGGAUCCUACAGUCGACUGUAGCAUACUUGAUUCCAGUCAAAUAUUAAAACAUGGAUGGGAAUAUGUUGGUUUCUGACCAUACCUUGGUGACAAAAAAAUGGGAAACUCCAAGAACCUCUGGUAUAAGAGCAAAUAACAAAAUGAAUAAUUAGAGCAAUGGAGUAAAUUUAAUAUACUGGAAUUUUUAAAAAAAUAGAAAUGAAAACUUGGAGGUUAUUUAAAGGGCAGAUAAAAGUUUGACUAAAUAUUGAUAGUUUUAAAAAUAAAUCUUUAUUCAAUUUUAACCAACAUAAGAAAAAAAUUUCAGCUGUCAAAACAAUAUAGUUUUGAUUUAAGAGUAUCGCUCUGGGAAAGAUCAUGAUUUAUUAUGUACAUAUAUUUAUGUACCAUUUCAGUAUUUUGUUUUUUUAAAAAAAUCCUACAAACCAUACAGAUGUCACAAGGGACCUCUGUCCACAUGAGAUAAAAAUGUACAAAUUGGUUGUGACCUUAAAAUUCAAAUGAAUUGUUUUAGAGCUGUAAUAAACAUUAAAAAGAGAUUUCAUUUGGAAAGCAAUGAAAGGAUAUAUCUCGGAAAAAUGGAAAGGGGUCUUGAAGUUUCAGUUGUAGGAUAAAGUCUGCACUUAGAGAACAUUUAAACUAAACUUGUGUAUUUGCAUAUUCAAUUGAAUUGCAUCAUUCUUAGCAUGGAAAUCAAGAUUGAUUUAUUUUCUUUUCCUAAGGAUUUCCACACCAAGUCCACAUUCUGUGAGAAGGGGAUCUUCAUCCAGGUCUGUUUCAGGAUCUCCUGAGCCACCUCCCAAGAAACAUCCAGUGCCUCCAUCUCCUGCUCGAUCUCGAUCGCCUUCUGCUCACUGGUCGCCACCAGCACCUGCAAAGAAGGCUAAAAGUCCUACACCAAGUCCAUCACCAGUAAGGGUAUGUAUCUUCCAGUGCAACUGUGAUGGCCACCUCUCGAUUCAUGCAUGUGGCUUAAUCAACCAUCCUCUUACGCUGACCGCAACAAUGUUUGCUGGGUCUAAUGCAGCUGUGAAUCUCUACCAAGCUAGACUGACCAUUACUUUUAUUACUGGAUUCCUACUGCUUUAAUUUCAAACGCGAAAGCUUGUAUUUUUGCCAGUAUAUAGGCAAGUGAUCAUUGUCAGGGAGUUGUCUAGGAGUGUAUUGCUUUGUGGUGUAUGUUCAAAUUCACAUUAUUUAAAACAUUUAUAUGCCGCCUUUCCAUAAAUAGAGCAAAGCGAACACUCACAAAACAAUUUGCUUAACAUUACAGAAUUCUGAUCAGGAAGGGGGUAGCAAGAAGAAGAAGAAAAAGAAGGAUAAGAAGCAUAAAAAGGAUAAAAAGCACAAGAAGCAUAAGAAGCAUAAGAAAGAGAAGGCUGCAGUUGCUGCUGCAAUGACUGUUUUUACCACGUCUGCACAGGAAGACCAGGAGAAAAAUAUGGAGCCCCAAAAGGUGAAUAUUUGUUCAAAACAUUAAUAAACCACUUUUCUAUAUUAAAUGUGGUGGGUUGGAAACUGACUGACAAUUGUUCAAAUAUUAAGGGUUCAGGAAUCAGAUUACAAACUAUUAUAGAAUGGCACACAAAGAUUGCAUUCUUCCUUGUACGGUUCAAGAAUACCUUUGUUUGAAUAUACCCACGAGCUGUGUACUCCAGGCAUUUGCAGGCUGUGGUCUUGCAUGGGAUCAGCUUUUUGCUGUAUUUGGCACCCUGAGAACCUUUGUCUUAAGGAGGCAUAGUUCUGGCCUGCAUGAGGCUCUUACAUGGAAAAGGGCCAGCAACUGAAGAGACCAAGGCUGGGGCUUGAGCUGCUGUUCUCAGGCUUCCUUUCACUACUGUCCAUCUACACUCUCUCUCUCUCUGUUGUCAGUAUUGAAACAUGCUGAUAUAAAACAUAUGUUCAUAUAUAAAACAUAAGAUGGAAGCUGUGAUGAGAGAACCUGGAAAGGAGGAACCUAUGAUCUUCCCAGCAAGCGUAGCUGCUGUCCCAGGGAAGGAGAUUGCAUGUUUUCAUACUAGCAGUACAGAAUGGAGGGAGGUUGUUUGGCAUCCUUGCUAGAGGCACACCAGAGGCAAGGCCUAGUAAUACACCGUGGGGCUCUGUACCAUGAGAAUGAAGCCAUGCUUGUUUGACCUUUGUAAAGCAGAGGUGGAGAGCCUGUGGCAUUCAAGAUGAUGUGGAACUCUUGCUCUUAGUCCUGGUCAACAUAGCCAAUUGUCAGGGAUUUUGGGAAUUGUAGCCCUACAACAUCUGGUAGGUCAGAGGUCCUCCAUCCCUGUUUUAAAGGCAAUACGUAAAAAAGAUUGUGCUUCAGCAAAAUCUGCUAAAGUGUGAUACUUAUUAAUACUUCUUUCCAUUUUAUAUAUAGCUCCAGUGUCUCAAACUAGAAUUCCUAAUGUUGAUAGUGUUAGUCUAAAAACCUAGGAAUUUUGCUAUUUGUAUCAUGCAAGUUUCUGCUCUUUGGCCAAAUCUAAUUCAGGCUCAUAUUCUGUGACUAUAGAAGUAAUUGCUGACUUUCCAUUGCGUUAAGGAGACUGAGAGUGAAGCAGAAGAUAACCUGGAUGACUUGGAAAAGCAUCUGCGUGAGAAGGCUCUGAGGUCAAUGAGGAAGGCGCAAGCGUCUCCACCAUCUUAGGCUGAAGCAGCAUUUGAUAUAAUGUACAUUUUGUUUGGUUUGUACUCAGACUUCAAUUUCAAAUUGCUAAAAUGUGUUUGAGCUUUAGACUUUAACAUUGGUUGUAAUAAUUGCUAGGUUGAAGUUCAUGUUUAAAAAAAGGCAUGGAUCUUCAUUACAAAAAAGCAUUCACGGUGUACUAGUGACCUCCUUCAACAGUUGACAUGGUUUCACUAGAAUUUUCUUAUGCAGUAAGGAAUUCUCUCCCUCCCCUUCCCUUCAAGGGUUUUAAAACAAAGCUUACAGAUCCCACAGUUCCUCUAAAAUGCCGUUGUACAAAUGCUUAUGGAGUUUCUAAUCUGAUUUCUUGCCCUAGGCCAUUUGUGGUCUGUUCAGUUAUCAAAGAAAUUGCAUAGAAACACUUGCAAAUUCUCAGAUUUCUCUGUUUGCCUGUAUUGUCUAUGCUUAAAACCGGGAUUAGUAUUUGAGGACGGUAUCUACAUGGUAACCUGCUGCUCUUGCCAGUGGGGUUUAUAAUGAUGUUUAUCUGGAAUGCUGGAAUUUAAUUUGUUGUUGUUUUUUCUCUUUCCCGCCCCCUCCCUCUUUGUUUUCUUUUUAAAUUAGUUUCCAUAAUCGGCAAUCUCAGCAGAGUUUGGCAUACAGUUUUGUUCUGUGAAAUGUUGUUGUUGCCCCAUUCAUAGUUUUUUUUUUUUUUUUUGGUCUUGUUGCGGUCCUUUGGAAUAGUGUGAAACUUUCAGAGCUGUGAUCUCUGAAAGCCUGAAGGGCCUGAACUUUGGAUAUUGUCAUGUUCUCACUGGGGUUUUUUGUUUUUUUAAAAAACUAAAGCUAUUAUAAAGCUUGUGGAUUAAACAAAAUAAAUUUCUAAAUUUAAAGGAUCUUGGUGAUUUAUGUAUGUAAUUUCUCCCCACUCAAAAUUCAAGUAAACAAAUUUGCUUAUUUUGCAGAAAA